UUACAGACCAGUUACAACAACCUGAAAACUGAACAGGGCCAAUUACAGACCAGUUACAACAACCUGAAAACUGAACAGAGCCAAUUACAGACCAGUUACAACAACCUGAAAACUGAACAGAGCCAAUUACAGACCAGUUACAACAACCUGAAAACUGAACAGGGCCAAUUACAGACCAGUUACAACAACCUGAAAACUGAACAGAGCCAAUUACAGACCCGUUACAACAACCUGAAAACUGAACAGAGCCAAUUACAGACCCGUUACAACAACCUGAAAACUGAACAGAGCCAAUUACAGACCAGUUACAACAACCUGGUUGAAGAGAGAGACCAGCUCCAGAAAAGAUUUGAAGACAUGACCACAACCAGAGACAAUCUUCAGAGAAAGCUUCAAGAUUAUCAACAAAACUGGGUGGCAUUCGAUGGUAGUUUGUUUCACGUUUCUUCAGGGAAGAAAUCCUGGCAACAAAGCAGACAAGACUGUCUUCAAAAAGGUGCAGACCUGAUGAUUAUUAACAGCCAAGAGGAACAGAACUUUGUGAACCAGUUCAAGAAGCUUUUGUGGAUUGGACUGACUGACUCAGAGACAGAGGGGACAUGGAAAUGGGUGGAUGGGACUCGAAUGACCACAAGCUACUGGAAUAGUGGUGAACCAAAUGGUGGCAGAACUGAAAACUGUGGAGAGAUAAGAACUUACAACUCAGAAAAAAGCUGGAAUGAUGCACCAUGUUCCAAUGAAAAAUUCUGGAUAUGUGAGAAGAGAGUUUCUCCAUAACUUAUCCACACCCAACAAAUAAUGCAGAACACAGAGCCAUGAGAUCAACUCCCGAAAUUAAGUUGAACAGAAAACAGUGGACACUUACAGCGGGAAAAAUAAGUAUUGAACACGUCACCAAUUUUCUGAGUAAACAUAUUUCUAAAGGUAUUAUUGAAAUAAAAUUAAUGUGUGAUAGCGAAA